UCUUUUCCGUCUGACGUUUAAAUCUUUUCAUUUCCAAUUGGUUCCUGUUAUUCACUUUCUCGCUACACUUCAGACUACAUAGUUUAUCUGCAUUUGUUCCCAAUCCAUUCGGUUUUAAAACUAAAAUGAAUAACAAACGCAGCUUCGAUGGUCUCUGUCUCACCAAGCAAGAGCGCCAGGCAGUUCCAGUGACAAGCAGUGACAAGGCCACCUCAACCUAUGCGGAAGUCACUGAAAACAUGGCAAACAGUGCAAUCCAGACCAAUGAGCACUUGCGCAAGAUCUUUAUAGGUGGGCUACCCACGCAGACUACUCCGGAGACUUUGCGCGAGUUCUUUUCUAAGUUCGGCGCAGUGGCCGAUGCCGUGGUCAUGCGCGAUCCCGUGUCCAACCACUCGCGCGGCUUCGGCUUUGUCACUUUCGUUGAUCCGGGCUCAGUAGAGAAAGUGCAGAGCAACCGCCCACACAUUAUUGAUUGCAAGACUGUAGAAACCAAGCACGCCCUGCCGCGGCUGGAUUUCAACAAGCCUCCAGGAAUGGGCAAUGGCCAGACGAACAAAAUCUUUCUGGGUGGCCUGAAGGACUGUCACGACGAGCCCAUGAUUCGGGACUAUUUCUCGAAGUUUGGAACCGUCAUGAGCGUCAAGGUGCUGAUAGACAAGGAGACCGGGCGUAAGCGGGGCUUCGGUUUCUUGGAGUUCGAGAAUAUCGACAGUGCCGAGAGAGCGUUGGUUCUGAGCAAGCACGUCAUCAACUUCAUUACGGUCGAAGUGAAGAAGUCAUCUCAGAGACCCGAUCCUGCCAAGCGCCUUCGUUUUCCCAUGGGCGGUGCGGCCCGCGCCGGCUUCAUUCCGCCGCAGCCAGCCGUGAUGGACAGAAACUGCUACAAUCCACACUUCAAUCCGUUUUCGGCACAGUCAAACCUGCCGCCUUCAGCCUAUAUCAAUGGCUGGGCCUCGUAUUUCACCCCAAACAUAAUACCAGCAGUGCCCCACUUCUUCUAUGCCGGAAAGAAUCCCAUCGCCCCUGGGGCUCGGGAGGGCCCUCAGUCUGCCUGCAAUACGGCACAAAAGUCUGGGGGCAGCAAUCUCAUCGAAUGGGUGCCAAAGCCUCACCAGAUUCCGACCAAUCAGCGUCUCAUCAAUGAUAACAAGUCGGUACAGGCGGCUGCUGCUGCUGCUUCAGCAGGGACUAAAGAUAACGUGGUCGAUGUUGGCGCCGGAGGCGAUGCGGCUAUUGCUGCGGACAAUAAGUGGUCCACCGAAAACAACAACGUUCUCAAGACAUCUCCUUCGCUCAAUUGAGACUCUCUGCCCGCGUACGGCAUGUAAGGAAGUCGGCGGCCGUGGCACACAUUCGCUUCAUGGGAGCGACACAUUACACAUACACGGAAUUACACGACAAUCGCUAAGAGAACGAGAAAUGAAAAUGGUUACAUGCGACGCAUUCUCUCGCAGGGCGAUUGAGGAAAAGACUGCGUAGAUUAAUUUUUCAUGUAACCAAUUAUACUAUACAAGAAAUUCAGAAUAUAAUAAACAAAUAGAAAAUAUAAA